CGCCCACCGGGUCCACCGCGGCGCACCCGUACGUGCGGAACUCCGGCGAGCUCCGGCUGCGUGCGGCGCGCGUGGUGUGGUGAGCUCUGCCCAGCGCCAUCCGGGUCCGUCCCGCCCACGCUCGCGCACACGCGGCUCCUGGAGCCGCGGACCUCGAUAUCUGGAUUUGAACUGGAUUUUAGAAUUCAUCUUUACUUACAAUGCCACCAUCAAAUGGAGGUCCAGCUGGAUAUACCCCACCAGAUGGAGGCUGGGGGUGGGCAGUGGUAGUUGGAGCUUUCAUUUCCAUUGGCUUCUCUUGUGCAUUUGGCAAAUCUAUUAGUGUAUUUUACAAAGAAAUUGAAGAAAUAUUUAAAGCCAGCACCAGCGAAGUGUCAUGGUUAUCUUCCAUUGCGUUUGCUGUCAUGUAUGCUGGAGGUCCUAUCAGCAGUGUCCUGGUGAAUAAAUAUGGCAGUCGCCCCGUCAUGAUUCUUGGUGGCUGCUUGUCAGGCUGUGGCUUGGUUGCAGGUUCCUUCUGUAGCACUGUGAUGGAACUUUACUUUUGUAUCGGAGUUAUUGUAGGUCUUGGGCUUGCCUUCAACUUCAGUCCAGCUUUGACCAUGAUUGGCAAGUAUUUCUAUAAGAAGCGGCCGUUAGCAAGUGGACUAGCCAUGGCAGGCAGCCCUGUGUUCCUCUCUGCCAUGGCCCCGCUCAACCAGGCUCUUUUUGCUGCCUUUGGCUGGAGAGGAAGCUUCCUAAUUCUGGGGGCCCUCCUACUAAACUGCUGUGUGGCUGGAGCCCUGAUGAGACCAAUAGGGCCCAAGCCAACCGCUGCAGAGAAAGAGAAGUCUAAAGAAUUCCUUCAGGAAGCUAGAAAAUGUGAUGCAAACAAGGGGCCAGGUAAUCCAAAGACAGGAGUUAAUGGCAGAAACUCCCCAAAGGAGAAACAAUCACUUUGUCAAACAGUUAACAAACUUUUGGACCUAUCCUUGUUGAAGCACAGAGGCUUCCUGCUGUACCUCUCUGGGAAUGUGAUCAUGUCUUUUGGGAUGGCUACACCUUUAGUCUUUAUUAGCAGUUACGCCAAGAGUCAACAUCACUCUAGUGAGAAGGCUGCCUUCCUUCUCUCCAUCCUGGCUUUUGUUGACAUGGUAUCCAGACCUUGUAUGGGAUUUGUAGCCAACACAAAGUGGGUAAGACCACGAAUUCAGUACUUUUUGGCUGCUUCUAUUAUCAUGAACGGAGUAUGUCAUAUGCUAGUACCUUUAUCUUCCAGCUACAUAGGGUUCUGUGUCUACUCCGGAUUCCUUGGAUUUGCUUUUGGGUGGUUUGGUGCCGUACUGUUUGAAACACUGAUGGACCUUGUGGGAGCCGAGAGAUUCUCCAGUGCUGUGGGGUUGGUGACCAUUGUGGAGUGCUGCCCUAUCCUCCUGGGGCCACCAGUUUUAGGUCGUCUCAAUGACAUAUAUGGAGACUAUAAAUACACAUACUGGGCAUGUGGCAUAAUCCUUAUUGUCGCAGGCAUCUAUCUCUUCAUCGGCAUGGGCAUCAAUUACCGACUUGAGGUUAAAGAACAAAAGGCAGGAGAGAAACAGAAAAAAGAAAGUAAAGAGAUGGAACCAAAAGAAGUUAUUAAAGCUGCUCAGUCUCCAGAACUGAAAGGCACAGAAGAAGGACCCAAAGAGGAGGAACUUUGAGGCUGAAAUCAGGGAGAAACAGAAGCUUUGGAGCAAAGAUACAUGAAAAAUGCUACUGAAUCAUGUUCUACUCUUGGUGCUCACCAUGGACAGUGGACACUUGUGUAGAAGUCAGACCAGGUGUUCACUGAUGGAACUUUUAUUCCUUCCUUUACACCCACUUACAGUCACACUUUUACACCCACUUACAGUCACACUUUUUAGGGGCAAGGGACAUUUGCAGAAGGUGACAGAAGGAAAUAGCUUUUAUUUGAGGUCAUGUUUAUUCAGGUAUACUUAUAUACUGUUCACACUCCUUUUAUAAAGUUUAAUGAAUUUUGACAAAGUUCUUUUGUCAAAUAACUACCAUUCCAAUAUAGAACAUUUAAAAUAGCCAAGAUAAUUCCCUUCUGCUCCUUUGCAGUCAAUUCUCUCCUUAACUAAAGCACCUGGUACCUACUUCCCCUAUGCCUGCAUGCUCAGUAGUGUCGACUCUU